AUGAGCUCAAGUACUCCUCUUGAUCAUUCCUGCGAAUCCCAAGUUUCGAUAGAAAUCAAGGAAGCAUCCGCUGAUAAUGACAAGCAUCAGACGGAAUCAAAUGAUGAUCAUGAAGCUUAUCAUCCUCAUGAAUACAUCAUCAAGAUGUUGUUGAUGAUGAUGAUGAGAUUAAAAAAGGUGGUUGUGGAAGCACUGAAAGACGGCUCAAUUCUCCUCCUCAUGUGUUGUGCCUCACUUUCCAUGUUGAUUGAUGUAAAGAGAAAUGGCCCAAAGUCAUUAUUCCUUGAUGGCAUCAUCAUUGUUCUUUCCAUCUCUUUUGUUGCCACCUUUGGUAGUAUCUUUAGAUUCCUCAAAACUAGAUUUUCCAUGGGAUCAUCAUCACCAUUGGUGACGAGGGAUGAUAUUAGUGGAAAUCAUCAUCAUCAUAGAAAAGAAGCAAACUUUGAGAAUGGGAUUCACAAAACGAGUUCCUUUCUGGAGAAGAUUUGGUUGAGCCUAUCUUUGGUCAUUCUCAUUGUUCAAGUGAUAAGAUGCUUCUUGUGCAAAUGUGAUGAUGAAAGUCUUAAUCUUGACCCGAAAGGGGUAAAGAAUACAGUGGAAGAGAUAAUGAAUGAAGCCGCCAAUAUUGCUUAUAAGAAAGGGGAGAAGAGUACUAGUGGACUAGUUAGAGUUCUCUGUGUGGUUGUUUUUGCCACAAGAGAUGGACUUCCAUUAGGGCUUUUUGUCUUGCUCCUUGUUUCUUCAAGGAAAAUCAAGUCCUCCUUCGAAGAAACAUUAAUGGUUCAGAAGUUAUCAGCAUGUGCUAUGCUUGGAUUGGUGACCACACUCUUUGUCAGCAAGACAGAUGAUUUAACCUUAAAUCAUGCAAACAUGGGGGAGUUGUGGGUUGGGCUCAAUCUCAUUCAUAAUGUCCUGGAAGAGCUAAGCUGCCAGGUGCUUGAAAAACUACAGAUUGGGGUUUGUUGCAUGAAUUCCUCAGGCUCAGAAUCAAUGGAGGAGGAUUCUUUACUCCUUUGGGCUCAUAAGGUACUUCAGGUAGACAAUCAUAAUGAUGACAUUGGGAAAAACUGUGUCAUCAUUCAAAAUGAAUCUGUAGAGAUUCAUAGGGGUAUCAAAUUUAUGGUGAAAAAAACAAUUGAUGAUGCAAAAGAGGCUGUGGAGAUGCAUUGGAGAGGAGAUUUAGAGUGUGUCUUAUCCAAAUGCUCUCAUUAUUAUGAUCCAGAUGGAACCAUUCAGAGUCUAGAUGAAGAAACAAGAGCAAAAUUUAAAAGUAUUAUUGAUGAGGAUAAUACCCGGUCUAAUCUCAAACAAUUUGGUUUUGCUUACAAAAAAGUAGAAACAGAGGAGAAAUCUGCGUCAACAAAACUUGAAGAAGAAGAAGAAGAAAGUGAUGGUCAUAGCAGAACUGAUGUAGCUGAUGAAAAAACUCAUGCCAUCAGACUUAAAGUUGAUGAUCAUGAUCAUGGCUGGAUUCUGAUAGGCCUUGUUUUCUUGAAGAAUCCAUAUCCACCUGAGGUGAAGGAAGCAAUCCAAGCAUUUAAGGAUUUGGAUGUAAAUAUAAAGAUGGUGGAUGAUGAUGAUGAUGAUGAAAAAACAGCAAGAAUCAUGGCCUUUAGCUCCGGAAUUUUUAGCCCUAAUGAAGUCACAUCAGAAUCAGCUGUGACAAAUGGAUCGAAAUUUCGGGGCAUUCCCGAGGAAACCCUGAUGAAAAUCAUCAAGGAAGCUCAUGUCAUUGUCAAUACCACCCCAGCUGAUAAGCUCAUAAUGGUUCAGUGCCUGAAAAAGAAAGGUGAUGAAGAAGUAGUGGCAAUAUUAACAGAUUCUUGCAUAAGAGAAAUUCCUUCCUUGAUAGAAGCUGAUGUUGGAAUUUUCAUGUGCAAUGAUGAAAAUAAUAUUCCAGAAUCCGCCAAAGAAGAUGCUGACAUUAUCAUCGGAAGGCCAAAGAUGAAUAUGGCUGAAAUUGUGGGCAUCUUUAGGUUUGGAAGGUAUGUAUGCCAAAGUAUUGCCAAUUUAUUGGAGUUGCAUGUGAUUUUGAACUUUUGUGCAGUCAUGUUGAAUCUCAUAUUUGAGGUUUGGAAAAGUAAGGCUAUAUUUUCUUCCCUUCAACUGCUUUGGACAAACAUGGUGGUGGAAACCCUAGGAGCUUUUGCUUUGGGUAUCAUAUUAGAAAUAAAGCCAUCAUCAAACCAUCAACAUCAUGAUGUUGUUUUGCCAGUUAUAACCAAGAAAAUGUGGAGAAAUGUGGCCAUUCACACUGGGGCUCAGGUGAGUUUCUUAUUGAUGAUAGAAUUGAAAGGGAAAAGUAUUGGUCAUGAUGUGGAUGAUGGUGUGGUGACGUCCAUGAUUUUCAACUCUUUUAUUCUUUGCCAAGUUUUUAUUUUGGUUGGGGUAACCAUGAAAAUGAAUGGAAAAUAUGGGAUAUCUUGGCGGGCCCCACCAUUGUUUUCCAUGGAGAAGCUUGUGUUCCUCAUUGUUGUGGGGAUGAUUUUAGCCCUCCAAGUAGUGAUGACUGAUAUUAUGGGUGUCGUUGAUCACUGGGGAAAUAUGGAUUUGAAGCGAUGGUUUAUUUGCAUUGGAGUUGCUGGACUAUCUACCCUAGUUGGUAGUGUUGCAAAUUGGAUGGCAUCUACCAUUGCUUCUGUAAUUGUGUAGAUCGGUGUUUACUUAAAAUAGGGCAAGUGAAAAUCGAAUCACCGACCUCCUAAUAAUAACUAUUCCCGUCUUAAUCUCCUAACUAACCUUCCCACCUCGCACCUGUAUAUAUAAGCAUGAUCCUACUGCUAUAUCAACUUUGCAUGCUAUCUUCCAGC